GAUUGGAGAGGGGUGGGGACCGUUGGGGUGGUGAGUUGAGAGGGGCAGGUGUGUGAUGGCGGUGAGGCGCGUGCAUGGUAAGGUGUCGGAGGAGUAGUGUCGGUGGGGGCCGGGAGAAGUCCGGCGGACGUAAGAUCAGCGGGGCGUGGACGUGGGAGCUCAGGGAUGGGCUGUGCGAAGUCGAAGCCGCGGGCAGUGUACGUGGAGUCGGGAAGCCCGAAUGAGAAGGCGAGCAACCACAGCGCGAGCACCCGGUCGUCCGCGCGACGGCCCGGGUCGAGCGCGAAGGUGGAGACGGCGGAUCCGGUGUUGGUGAUCGAGAAGGAGAAGGAGAAGGAGAAGGAUCGGGCAAAGGGGCGGACGAAGCAGAGUGGGGCGCAGGUGGUGGAGGUGAAGGCAGACGAUUCGGUGGGGAGCAGGAGACGGGGAGAGCGAGCGCACGCGGAGGCGCACCCUCGGUCGGGCGCGGUGGCGAAGAGCUUGGAGGGGGAGCAGGUGGCAGCGGGAUGGCCGGGCUGGCUGUCGCAGGUGGCGGGGGAGGCCAUCAAGGGGUGGAUACCUCGGCAUGCAGCGUCGUUCGAGAAGCUGGACAAAAUUGGGCAGGGAACGUACAGCAACGUGUACAAAGCGCGGGAUCUGGAGACGGGGAAGAUCGUGGCGCUGAAGAAGGUUCGAUUCGACAACCUGGAGCCGGAGAGCGUGCGGUUUAUGGCGCGAGAGAUCCAGGUUCUGAGACGGUUGGACCAUCCGAACGUGGUGAAGCUGGAGGGGCUGGUGACGUCUCGAAUGUCGUGCAGCCUGUAUCUGGUGUUCGAGUACAUGGAGCACGACCUGGCGGGGCUGGCGGCGUGCCCGGGCAUAAUGUUCACGGAAGCUCAGGUGAAGUGUUACAUGCAGCAGUUGUUGCGGGGGUUGGAGCAUUGCCACCGGCAGGGCGUGCUGCACCGGGACAUCAAAGGAUCGAACCUGUUGCUGGACAACAGCGGGGUGCUGAAGAUAGCAGAUUUCGGGCUGGCAACUUUCUUCAAUCCGGAUCAGAAGCAGCCUCUGACGAGUCGCGUGGUGACGUUGUGGUACCGGCCCCCUGAGCUGCUGCUGGGAGCGACGGAGUACGGCGUGGCGGUGGAUCUUUGGAGCACGGGGUGCAUACUGGCGGAGCUGCUAGCGGGGAAGCCCAUCAUGCCGGGACGAACGGAGGUGGAACAGCUGCACAAGAUUUUCAAGUUGUGCGGUUCGCCGUCGGAGGAGUAUUGGAAGAAGUCGAAGCUGCCGCACGCGACGAUAUUCAAGCCUCAGCAGCCGUACAAGCGGUGCAUUCAGGAGACGUUCAAAGAGUUUCCGGCGUCGUCGCUAGCACUGCUGGACACGCUGCUGGCGAUCGAACCGGCGGAUAGGGGCAACGCCAGUCAAGCAUUGGGCAGCGAGUUCUUCACGACGAAGCCUCUUGCGUGCGAGCCGUCGAGCUUGCCGCAGUACCCGCCGAGCAAGGAGUUCGAUGCGAAGAUUCGGGACGACGAGGCCCGCAGGUGAGAUGUGGCGGCGGUGGGCGAGGAUGUGAAGCGUCCCGGCUAUCGGGAGCGUGUGGUUCGAGCGGGCGGUGCGCCGGAGGCGAAUGCGGAGCUGCCAGCUUCUCUGGCAUAUAGACGUAGCCGGCCGGGGCAGAACAAGAGCAAGAGUGAGAAGUUCGGGCCUGUGCACGAAGACAAGGCGGUGGCGUAUCCCAUGCUUCACGCGAAACCGGCAGCAACGCAGAUGUUCACGGGGAUGCAAGGGACGUCGCCGGUGAUGUUGAGCCGGGUGUAUGGCGCGGGUUCCGCAUCGAUACGUUCGGGGCCGCAGGGUGGUGUGGGCGGGAGCGUGGGGGGCGGGUCGUGGAACAAGAGGCAGAAGGAGGAGGAGGGUCGGAGCGGAUCGCGGUCGAUGUCGCGGCCAACGAAGGUGAUGGGAGCGUCGGAUGGCGGGCAAGGAGCGGAGAGGUCAAGCGCGUUGGGUGGAGGAGGGAGCAGAAGCGGGGCGGGUGGGAACCUGAGCAGGGAACGAGGGGUGGGAAGGGGUCGGGACGGCGAGGGGGGGCACAUUGAAGGGGAGGGGUUGAGCAGGCGGAGCGCGAGAGCGGAAGCGGGGGAGAAGAAGGAGUCGUUGAAGCGGGAGGGAAGCCAGAAAGUGGAACAGGGGUACACGGUGGCGACAGAGGGGCCGUAUGGGCGGAACGUGGGUGCGGUGGAAUUGCAUGGCAGGGAGGCGACGUGCAAGGUUCCGAUGGCUGUGAAGUCUCUGACAACGGUGACGUACGUAUGAGAAGCGGUUGUGCAGAGUGGUUGUGGAGUUGGUGUUGGAGGUGGGCGUGAUUGUUGUGGGGGGCAGGGGUUGGAGGCGUGUUGAGGUUGGUGGGUUUGGGAGGAUGUGGUGGGCGAAGUGGAGGGCUGGAGUAUGUGGAUGGUGAGAGGGGUGAAGUUGGCUUUGUUAUGGGCGAUCCUUGGAGAAGUGCGGUGGUGCAGGGAAGGAAAGGAAGGCUGAGAAGCGAUUGAAAGCGGAGAGGAGUGGGGCGGUGGAUGAGGUGGUGAAUUGUAGUCAUGCGCAUUUAGAGGUGAGGGCAGGCUGAGCGUGUGACUAGGGGAAACGGGAGCGCAUUGCGCGUAACGACGACGCGAGGCAUGAGCAGCGGGGUUGGAUUUGAGCAUGCAUCGGGUGACGGCGUGGUGAAGGUCGCCGAGUCAUAGGGGAACGACAGUGGGUGUGUGGAUGGUGAUGAAAUGAGGGAGAGGGUUGGGCAAGGAGUGGGGGAAUAGGUGGGGAUAGCUAUUUUUGGGUGGAAUGUGUAAGAUAUGGAGUUGAAGGUAGGGUUGUGAGAAGGGUGUACGGGAGUUCUGGGCGAGCUGCGUGCACAUGGAGGUCAGACGGAACAGGUGCGGAUGUGUUAUUGCGGGCCUCUGCUUCGUGUCGGUUACCGUGACACGCGUGCGUUGAUUUGGCCUUUAGGACCGCCGGCUUCUUUUACAAGGAUGUCGGCAGUGGGGAAAAUGAUUAGGGAUGGGUUUCGUGGAUUCCGAGCCUAUGUGGAGAUCGGCGGAGUGGAUGGAAAUGAAGUGAUCAUAUAAUUGCGAAAUCUUGAAGAGCCGGUGACUGCAUGGUUUGUGUGGUCUUUUCAGUGUUCGAGGUCGUGGCUGGAGCCACGGGUUUGAGCAUGUUGCAGGUGUUUAUGUUGCUACUUGGUCGUUUGACCCGGGUUGACGUGAGUUGGAUGCAAGAUACAUCGAUGCAGGGACGCUGUCAUUUUUGUGUUGGUGUCUUUGCUUUUGUAUCUUUUAUUCUCUGUCUUGCUUUUGUUAGCCUCUGUGCUCACGAUUGCAUCCAUUUUUUUUCUGGAUCCUACCUCGGCUGCAACUGGUCUUUUUGAUCACCGUUUUGUGGUCGUUUGAUUGGAAUGGUGGGCGAUUGGGAAGGAUUGCGUUGUCAUUGCUGCUUUACCGGGAUGUUAAUAUUCUAUGGGUUGUAUCAUCUAUCAGCGGCAUCCUGUGGGUGGGAUGUAAAUUUUUUCGGUGAAAUGUUUGUGAAAGCCGGUAGCAGUUACGUUUUCUUUCUGUGUCCUGCUUUUCACAUCAUGUUGUAUUAUUGUAAACUAUCAUUUUAAAACUUGAUUUAUAUGUAUAUUUUUUAGUAUCGUCA